CCAAAAAAAAAAAUAUAAAAGCACACACAGCAAAUGAGCAGCAUAGUCAGCCUUCAUGGCUGCAGUCGCAGUCACAGCCGCUGCUGUCAUUGCUGUCGUCGCCAACGCUGUAACUGUUACUGAAAAGUGCCAAAAAUAUAUAAAAAAAAAUCAAUAAUUUAAAUGAUUUUUCUUUUUUCCCUUUUUUUUGGUUGGGCAAUGGUGUUUAAAUUGCAAGGGCUGAUAUUUUUAUGUGAACUUUUAAUAUGGCAUAAACGCGAAAAAUAGUGUACUGAAGCAAGGCUGAAAAGUAUUGCUACGACUUCGUAAGACAUUUAUGAUGUGCGAAAUGAAGCUAGAAAUAUUCUCUGGUGAACUACCUACGAGUAUGCUUAUGUAUAUAUGAAUCACUUUUAAAAGAUGAUAUAGCACCACCCUGAGAGGCAGGAGUUAUUAGAUUCGUUCUUCAUUUGCGCUUGUCAACUACAUACAACAGAGGUGGCGGUAAUGCGUAUAAAUUUGCAUAAAUUAUGUUAAGCAAUAAAUUCGAAAGUAAUAAAAAUUAUUUAAAAAAAUAUUUAUAUAUAUUUGCAAGUGUAGGCAGAAACUGAUAAAUGAUACAAAACAACAACAACAACAACAAAUAUUUAGGUGCUGUGCUCUAUACAAACAUUCAUAAUAAAUCCCUAUAUAAAUAUGUAUGCAUAAUUGUUAUGAUUACUACAUAUGAACAGAAUAUUAUUAAGUAAAAUAAAGAGAAAUUAACUUAUUGUUGUAAAUAUUUUCAAUUGAAAAGUUUGCUCAUAAGUAGCAACAAAUCGAAUUCUUCCAAUACACUAAUAAUAAUAAUAAAAAAAACGCGUAAAUUUUUAAAUUAAAAAACUUUAUUAAACCGCCAUUUCCACAUACUUUAACAAUUGAAUGUAAUUAAAAAUGCAGUAGCAUGUAUGGAAACUGGUAAAAAGUUUUAGACCUUCACGCUUUCCGAAAAAUUUAAAUUAAAAAAAAAAAACAAAAAAAAAUAAUUAAUUAACAUAUAAAGGCAACAUACUUAAAAACAUACGUACAUUUAUGUAUAAGUGAAUGCAAGCAUUUGCAACUAUAAUAAAUUAUAUAAUCCUAAAAUAUUUAUUGAAUAGUAAACGAAACUGCAAUCACUUAAAAUAUAAAACAAAAAAAACAAAAAAACAUUUUUAAUAUUUCUUAGCUUAUAAUAAACGCUAGAGUGAAUAGUUUCUUGAUUGAAGUAGAUAUUUCAAAGAAAUCAGCUGAAACUAAUGCUCUUUAACAGUGUUGUGAAUUACGUAUUAAAAAAAAUCAGAUAUUUAAUAGAUUUUAAAUUAAAUUAAAUUACAACGCAAUUAAUAAAUGUUUUUAAAUCUAACGUAUAAGAAAUACAAAUAAUUGCGGCACAUAACCCAUUAAGCAUUUCAAUAACGAGAGAGAAAGAGAUACAUACAUAAAUACAAAAUACCAAUAUACGCAAUUUAUAUGAAUACUUAAAAUUAGUAAAUAAAAAAAUAUAGUUAAAAUUAGUAGAAACUUCAUCGAGCUUCAGGAAAUUAACAGCAAAUCGCACAAUAGCGCUGAUUAUAAACAAUAAAAAAGUAGAUACAUCUUUAAAAGAAAUUAUAAAAAUACUAAAAAUAGUAAAUCAAAAACACAACAGCAACAAAUCCAAAAAAUAGACCAACUAAUAUCGCAAACAAUUCCAGCGAAACUAAAAACACAAACCGAAACACACCGCUUACAAUUAUUUCCUUAUAGUAUAUAUCCUCAACCUUAAACCUUGUCGUCAGUCGCAGAAAGCCUUUCACGCAACUUACUAAAGAACUUCAGCAAAUAUCCUUACAGCAACCAGUAAACCAACACACACGCGGGUAUUCAAGUGUUUUCACACACAUGUACACGUAUGCAUAAGUAUUUGUAUUUUGGCCGUUAUCCAAAUAGGCUUAAAACUCUUCUUUUAAAUAACAACAACAACAUCACCACUUUGCCCUUCGAAUUUUAAAGGUGCACACUAACACACAUGCAUGCAUACAUUCACACUGGUACACCUUAACAAUAUUCAACUGAAAAGCAAGCAGCGAUAUACGAACGACCUUCGCGUGAUAAAAACUACGCUCGCUUGCUCUCUGCUUUGAAGUUCGACAUCGUCAACGCCUUAAUAAACGGUACUAUCGGAAUUCCGGCGAGGCAACAGCAAGUAUCGUGAUAAGUGUUUUACAAAAAUACGAAAGACUACAAGGUAAAGACGAAAUAACAACGCUGCCGUUUAGGAGUAGCGUUGGCUGCCUGGCAUUUGGAAGUCGUAAUGUAACCGUCAUGAGUGUAUACAAGGACAUUUAAAAAUGCAGGAAAUGAGUUACCUGCAAGAUAAUUCCAAAGUGGAGGCACUCACGAAGGCUGUACUCAUAUCCAUUCUUGGCGUCGCCAUUGUCAUAUCGAAUCUUCUCAUUAUAGCCACCUAUGCGAAUUUUAAAGGUCCCACAGAAGUCAUCAAUUAUUAUUUACUCUCGCUGGCAGUAGCGGAUCUGCUUUGCGGUUUAUUGGUUGUGCCCUUCUCUGUAUAUCCAGCAUUAACCGGAGAAUGGAUGUACGGCGACAUCGUGUGCCGCUUCACCGGCUAUCUGGAGGUGACACUAUGGGCCGUAUCUGUGUAUACAUUUAUGUGGAUCUCGGUGGAUAGAUACUUGGCUGUCCGGAAGCCGUUACGCUAUGAGACUGUUCAGACUAAAACCAGAUGCCAAUGUUGGAUGGCAUUUACGUGGAUUUCCGCCGCAUUACUAUGCUGCCCACCCAUAUUGGGAUACACGAAGCCCAUCACAAAUAAUGUGACACACAUUUGCAUGCUCGAUUGGGGUAAUAUGGCGGCGUAUAGUGCGACAUUGGCGAUUUUAGUUUUAGGUCCUAGCGUUAUAUCCAUAGUUCAUAAUUAUGGUUAUAUUUUUGUAAUGAUGAAAAAACUGAAAUCGGGUGAACCUAUACAUGAUAAAGAAUAUGCUACCGCAUUAGCUGAAAAUUUAUCGAAUCCUAGUCAUAUGAUGUCAUUCGUAUUAGUGUUUGCAUUCUGGAUGUCAUGGUUGCCAUGGAUGGCCAUACGCUUAUACGAAGUGGUGACCGGUGAUGUUAUCCAAAGUACUCUUAUUAAUUUUAUGGUCGUUUGGAUUGGCGUGCUGAAUUCAUUUUGGAAGAUCAUCAUAAUGACCAGUAUGUCACCACAAUUUCGCAUCGCACUUAGAGUAUUUUGUUUAACAAUAUGUUGUAAGACUAAGGGCCGUUUGCAAGCAGAACUAAUCGGAUUGGACCCAGAUGACUAGAGUCGUUAGAUUUUCCACAGUAUGAACGGUUAAAUUAAUUUUCACAAUUGGCUUACUUACUCAACAAUUUACAUUCGAAUCAUAUUUUUUUUUUUGCCGCUGAAUGUAUUGGUCUUGAUUCGGUAAUUUGGUAAUUUUGGCAGCCUAAAUUCAUUUAAAAGCAGAAUUAUUUUAAGAAAAUGACGAAUAAGUACAGGUAUUAUGGCGUAUGUUUGUAAGCAUUUAUCAGAGUUGUGAAAAACUGCAUUAAUCGCAUGCAUUACAGCACUGCCAGGCGACAACACUAAUGCGGCUUAUCAAUCUUAAUUUACACUCAUUCUAGCAUUUUCAGUUUACAAUUCAAAUAAUAAUUGACAUUUUAUAGAAGUUAAGCGAUUUUCGAUUGAGUUUUAGCUUAGAAUUAGGUCUCUUUGUAUAGUUCUUGUGACUAGAUUAAACAAAAUUGUUCACUAUUUUUGGAACGGACAAUGGGUUUUUAUAUUGCACUGGUCACAAUUUAGGUCCUUCGCUUCGGCGCGCGCCGUCACAUAAAAUAGCAGAGUUUUCAUAUAUUUUAUUGAAUUUAUACCCUUCGAUUGAGAAUAAUAUAUAUCACAAUGAUUUACAAUUGUGAAUGUUCAAUUGCUUGAAUAGAAAGAAGAACUAAAAGGAAAUUAAAUGAAAAGUGCAAAACGUGGGGUUAAUUAUAAAAGAAAAUCAUACUCUUGCAUACCAGCUUCACAAUUUCGGAAAACCAAAGUAGCUACGCACCUGACUAACAUUGCCAGACGGCAGCUCUAAUCCCGAUUAACUAAUGCAGCGAGUUGGUUAUUAAACACAGAGUAUAGUUAUAUCAUUUUAGAAAUAGCUUGAAAAUAUAAAAUUGUUGAGUACAACAAGAAAGCGAUAUUAUUGUAGCAGACAGUGCCCCUUUGGUAUUCAAAUUAUAAAUAAAUUUUAUUCUUUCACUGUUUCGCUUUACCUAUAAAUAGUUUGGAUCAUCCGGGAAAAACCAUUGAUUUCUAGUUUUUUGAAAAUAAAUCGGCAUCGAAAAACCGUUAUCAGUUUUGUUUAUAUUUCAUUCACGAUAAAAUACUAUUUUAGUGCCGAAAACCAAAUACUUAUUUAAAAGAAAACUUAACGUUCUUCCCCUAAAUUUAUUAAACAAGAUCAAAAUAAUAGAGGCAUUCACAAACAUAGGCCGUAGCACGAUAUUUCAUGCUUUUGACAGAAGCGAAGGCAAUUUCUGCCAAUCAAAAUGAUGAAAAGCACUAAAAUGUGAUUACAUAUCGAAAUUCGCAGCUGAAAUGCAAAUGUAUUAAUCCAGAUUUGUACAGUUAAUCGGGCUUACGGCCACCGUUUGUACGAGUAUAGGCCUUUAAUGCACGAUAUUACUGUCUGUGCAGAAAUGAAGCCUUUUUAAUUUUAUACAUUAACUCUCACUUUUACCACUAUAGUAAAUUUUGUUACUUUUU